AUGGAGUUUUCUCCGUCUCCGACCGGCGGCCUCGCGGUCCAGGCUCAAGCGCUCUGGGCGGCGCUCGACGACCUCGCAGAGAGUGACCCAGAAAGAUAUCAACGUUUCAUUCAAGAGCAAUUGCAUGCAGCCAGAGGACAGAGCCAGCCGUCUUCUUCUUCGGCCUUUUCUUCCUCUUCUUCCUCUUGUUCUUCCUCUUGUUCUUCCUCUUGUUCUUCCUCUUCUUCUGUGUCUCGCAGAAGCACGAUAAGAGAGCAGAGAGCAGAGAGCGAGGCAUCAUCCCGCGCGGCUCCGCGUUCGCUGCCACCGUUUCGCCCUCGGCCAGGCUUCGUCAUUCGUGCUCAGCUGAAGAUCUCACCCCCCCAGCAGAGCAAGCAGGAACGCUCUGUCUCCUCGCCUUCUGCGCCGCCACUGAUCGUCGAACUCCCUGCGGGGGACUCCACCGAGGCAGCAGAAGGCGCCGAAGAAGCUGGAGAGGCGCGAGAGAUCUCGGAGACGCUCGAGUACUUCGUGAACGUCUGCUCCUCGCCACUCACCAAGGCGCCGACCCGCAGAGAGCCCCCAGGUGUCUGUACACUGCCGGAGGAGCUGGACGCGGCGUUUUUGCCCAUCAGUGUCGGGGUGCGCCGCCUUCUGCAGAAGAAGGAGAAGACUCCUCUCUUGUCUUCGUCGGAGAAACCCGCAGACGCAGGUCUCGAAAGGGAGAAUAAAUCUCUGCGGCGCUCUGUGCCGCUCUUUCUCGAUCGCGACGAGACGCAGGAGACAGCGGAACCAUCUGCGGGGCGGAGCUCGCGAGUCUGUGUGGACGUCUGCGUGCAUCCCCUCGUGGUGCAGAGAUGCCAGCUGGAUCUUCGGUUCAAGUUUUACUUUUCCUCUGUUUGUCUGAAUCGUCUUCUUCCUCUCGAGCAGCUCCUUCUCCUUCAGAGAGAGCACGCGAGGCAGGCGUCGCCCCUACCGGGCCUCUCCACCUCCGGAAUGCCGCUGUCGGCGGCGCUCUCCGACGAGGAGGCGAGAGAAAGCGAGAACUCUUCUCUCGCUUCGCUGCUGCAGAUCGUCCAGCCCAAGGCUUGUGGGGACAAGAGCCGCGGGGAGACAGCAGCUCCAGGAUUCUUCGGAGACAAGGAGAGAGAGGCCCUCGAGAACAUCGCGACUCACGCCGCCGUCACAGGCGCAGACCCCGGUGCCCUCGCCCGCGCCGCGGGUGAGAUUGCCGUUGCGCCGCAGUCGAUUCGAUUCCCCAAGCUGCUCUACAAAGGAGGAAAGGAGGCGUGUCUCCACCGGCUUCAAGGCGACUGCGUGGGCGAGUCUCCUCGAGAGAAAAAGGAGACUCCCGCGCAUGAAGAGAAGUCCGAAGCAACUCAGGAAGCGAAGACCCCACACAGCACCAAGACAAACGAGAUCAAGAGCGAGAACAAGAGAGAGAAGAAAGAGAAGAAAGAGGAGAGGGAGAAGAAAGAGAAGAGAGACGAGAGAGAUGAGAGAGAUGAGAGAGACGAGGAGGAGGGGCGCUCGAGGGCCGAAGUGAUUAUUCCGUCGGCAGAAGAAGUAGAGAGGUUUCGAGAGGAAGUGAAGAGACUGGAGGAAGAGAAACGGAGAAGGGAGGAGAAGGAGGCGGAGAACAGAGACCUUAUUGCCGCAGCGCUCAAGGCGAGGGAAGGUGCGGCGCAGACACGGCGGCGAGACCACCAUCAGAGCGGUGCAGUAGAGGGGGGCAAGGGAAGCGGAGCGCCUGCGCCUUUGAUUCAAGUUCUCGCGGAGGAGGCAUUCCCUGUGGAAGAAGAGAGCGACGACACGGAGGAACAAGAAACUCGACGACAGACUGAGAGGAAUGAGGAAAAGGCGAAGAAAAAGGAAGAGGAGGAAGCUGACAAAGGAGAACCAAACCCAACGAAACAGGGUGCCGAUGAAUUCUACAUGAAUCAGGUCUCCACAAGACGCCUUCACUCUCGAGCAACAGCUUUCUCUUCCGACUGCCACCCUCCACAACAUUCUGCUUCUCUUGCAUCUUCUUCACCGUCUUCGUUAUCUUCUUCUUCCUCUCCUUCCUCGUCUUCUUCCUGCUCUUCGUCAUGCUCUUCUUCCUGCUCUUCUUCUCGCCCGCCUGCGGAGGCUGAGUCUGCUGAGGCACCCGGGGCUCCGCUGUGGCGAGUUGUGCACCGGAGUCGAGAGCGGUCGGCGGAGAAGGGAGAGAGAGAAGAAGCGAUUCGAGAGGUUUGUGUGUGCUUCUCCCGCCCGGUCGAUCCCCUCUCUCUGGAAGUUGCAGGAAGUGAGCGAGAGAUCGAAGUUGCUGGAUGCUUCUCUGCUUCAGACGGCGCGACGCGUGCAGGAGAAGACCUGUCGGAGUCGGCCAGGUCCUUCUGCAUUCGCAUUCCACUGCCUUACGCAGUGGACCCAGAAAAGGUGGACGCGCGCCUGAAAAAGAAAAAGAAUCUCCUCACGCUGCUUUGCAAGCCCACGGACCCGGAGGCCAGAUCAGAAAAAGGCAGAGAAUAG